CUGGCCACACUGCGCCAGUCAAGUUCAGCUGUUGUCUCACGCUUCCCGCAUCAACAGUACUAGUAGAACAACAACAUAGAUAGUUACUACAACAAUAUAACCAGCUUGUAAUUAAUUUUUUAACAACCAUUUGCGAGCUACCGAAGAAUAAAAGCCGCAGUUCAAAUGCGCCCAACGUACGGUAAAUACCAUUUCAAGGAGAGCACCUAGAAAGACAUAAAAAAAACAGUGAAGGUCGCUGCAGAAUGAGAAAGAGCGGAACAGAGAGAGAUUAUUAAUUAGCAGUGAAACAAAACCAAUCGAGAUCCGCCAACAAACCGGAUUACGAUAAUCUGGAAUAUCUCCCGCGGAAUAGAAUAUCUCUCAUUGCGAAGAUAUGGCUGUAAAUCUGAAGGCCCUUCUGGGCAUGCUGUUCGUGUUCAUCGGAUGUUGCAGCAACGUGGUGUUCCUGGAGCUGAUAAUCCAAAUCGAUCCGGGCGCCGGAAACCUGAUCACAUUCGCCCAGUUCCUGUUCAUCGCGCUGGAGGGCCUAGUAUUCACAUCCAAGUUCUUUACGGUGCGUCCGAAAAUUGCGCUGAAGGACUACGUCAUCCUGGUGGCCCUGUUCUUUGGGUCGAAUGUGUGCAACAACUAUGCGUUUAACUUCAAUAUACCCAUGCCGCUGCACAUGAUCUUCCGCAGCGGAUCACUGAUGGCCAACAUGAUCAUGGGCAUUGUGCUGUUAAAGAAGCGCUAUAACCUUCGGCAGUACAGCUCGGUGGCCAUGAUCACAGUAGGCAUUAUUCUGUGCACGCUGGUUUCCAGCGGCGAUGUCAAGGAUAAUACACAUCACAGCCUCAAGGUGGAGACUUCCUACUCGGACUUCUUCUGGUGGUCGGUGGGCAUUGGCUUGCUGACGAUCGCCCUGCUGGUCACGGCGUAUAUGGGCAUCUACCAGGAGGUGAUCUACAAGAAGUACGGCAAACAUCCCAGCGAGGCGCUGUUCUAUACGCACAUGCUGCCCCUGCCAGGAUUCCUGAUUAUGGCGGGGAACAUAGUCCAGCACUUUGGCAUUGCAUGGUCUUCGGAACCGGUGGCCGUUCCCCUACUCGGAGCAAUUGGCCUGGAGUGGAAGUUCCCGCUGAUGCUGUUCUACCUUUUGUGCAACGUGGUCACCCAGUAUGUCUGCAUCAGCGCCGUCUAUCUCCUGACCACCGAAUGUGCCUCGCUCACCGUCACCUUGGUGGUCACCCUGCGCAAGUUCGUUUCGCUGAUGUUCUCCAUCAUCUAUUUCCGGAAUCCCUUCACCGUGAACCAUUGGGUGGGCACCAUCCUGGUCUUCCUCGGCACAAUACUGUUCGCCAAUGUGAUAAACCAAGUGAAAGACGCCUAUCGGGCAAGGUAUAGCGGGAAGGGCCGUUCCGAUGCCGCUCCGCUGGCCAAGAAAGUGGAGUAAUCUUCGAGGGCUGUGUUGGAUCAUCCUGCUGCAGAGGCCAUUACCUAUUAAUUUGUAGUUCUAGCGCCUUGUUUGUACAUAGAAUACAUUGAUAUUCGGAAUACGCUUAGUGUUUAGACGCCUCUUUGUCUGUUUGUAUUUCUUGUUCAUCGCAAAGUGUGCUUUUAUGCGUAUCUUUAAAUAUUUUCUACUGUUUUUUUUAUAUGAAUAAAUUGUCCAAAAGUUUUAAAUAUACAAAGUCAGGAGCUUCGAGCUUUAAGCCAUCUACAUUAUUGAUUUUUUAAAUAAAUUCUUUAAAAGUAAAAUUAAA